AUGGCUUCGAAUCCUCCAGGAGCUUGCUGCAUCGAAUCCAACUUUCACCAAGGUACCCCGAAGGGUUCUCACUCCACGGUUUUCGGCUUGGACACUUAUGUGACGGGCGCUAGCAAUGAAGCUAAACGGAACAUCGUGAUCUUGACCGACAUCUAUGGCCACAAAUACAACAAUGUCUUGUUAAUUGCUGAUCAAUUGGCCAAAUUGGGUCACUACAGGGUGUAUAUUCCAGAUAUUUUGAAGGGCGACCCUGUUCCUGAGACGCAUGGCGAUCUCUCAUCCUGGUUGAACAAUCACUCUAAAGAUAUUACCAAGCCAAUUGUUGAUGGGUUCUUGAAGUCUCUUCGUGAGGAAGUGGGAUCUGAAGCCUUUAUCGGUGCAAUUGGCUACUGCUUCGGUGCGAAGUAUGCUGUGCAGCAACUCGCUGAGGGCGGUUACGCAAGUGCCGCUGCCCUUGCCCACCCAUCUUUCGUUGAAAUUGACGAAGUUAAGGCCAUCAAGAGACCGCUUCUUAUUUCAGCCGCCGAGACUGAUCCCAUCUUUACCGUCGAAUUGAGACACAAGACCGAGGAAACAUUGGCUAGCAUUAAGGCUAGAUACCAGAUUGAUUUAUUCUCAGGUGUCGCUCAUGGUUUUGCUGUGAGAGGGGACAUCAAGGAUCCUGCUGUGAAGUACGCCAUGAACAAAACCCUUGCUGAUCAGAUCCAAUGGUUCGGCUUGUUUUAA